UUAAACAGUUAGCUUGAGCUGAAGUGUUUGGCUAAUCAUUAUCUAAAAAGAGGAAGCUCCGUUGUUCGCAUAAGUACGCAAACGCCUUAUCUGUUAUCCCAGAUAUAAUUCGGUGCUAUCUCUACCCAGUCAGAAUACACUGAAGUAAAGCGGUCACGGGCACAAGAGGUGUGGCCGCGGAGCCAAAAUGGUAAUGACUGCACGCCAGUUUCACAGUUCGCACUGAUUCGUCGUUAGUUUAAACUGACGUCUGCUAGACAACAAGGAACUAACAGCGACAAGUGAGCCCGGACCCUUGAACAUGGCUGAGGUUGACCAACACGAAUCCGACCAGGAGAUGGAGAAAAAGAUUGAGGAGACGAGGCAGAGGUUCAAAAAUGAGUACCUUCAAGAUUCAUCAGAUAAAUAUGACUCCAGAGAUGUAGAAAGACUCCAGAAAGAUGAUGCUUGGGUGGAGGGCUACCUGACAUGGAGAAUCUAUGUUGUUGACGAUACCUUGAAAAUGAUUGAUGAAAGUUUUCAGUGGAGAAAAGACCUUGGUGUGAAUGAUCUCACUGAGAGCAGUAUUCCCAAAUGGAUGUUUGAGACUGGUGCUGUGUUCCUCCAUGGCUACGACAAAGAGGGCAACAAGCUCUUCUGGUUCAAGGUAAAGCUGCACAUCAAGGAUGCAAAAACCAUAUUGGACAAGAAGAAGUAUGUUGCUUUUUGGCUCGAGCGGUAUGCAAAGAGGGAACCUGGGAUGCCACUCACUGUUGUGUUUGACAUGGCAGAAUCUGGUCUCAGCAAUAUAGACAUGGACUUUGUGAAGUACAUCAUCAAUUGCUUCAAAGUAUAUUACCCAAAGUUUUUGUCCAAAAUGAUCAUUGUGGAUAUGCCUUGGAUCAUGAAUGCUGCAUGGAAAAUUGUGAAGACAUGGUUGGGUCCCGAAGCUAUCAGCAAGCUGAAGUUUGCAUCCAAAUCUGAGAUCCAGACAUUCAUUGGCCCUGAAUACCUGCCACCUCACAUGGGUGGAAUGGACCCCUUCAAGUACAGCUACCCUCCCCUUCCUGAUGAUGACUUUCAAACACCCAUCUGUGACAAUGGACCCAUUGUGAGUGAGGAUGAAACAGAGAGUAAAGAGGGUGAAUUGGAGAGCAAAGACACCCUUGAGUCUAGCUUCAACUCUGAGGUUGCCGUAAAGCCCAAAAAGGUGAAUUUCCUAGAGGACAGUCUCAGGGCAGAGGACAAUGAUAAGGGAGACACAUCCAAUAAGACCAAGGGAGCCAGGAAGCCACUGACCACCUUCAGAGGCCCUCUGCUACAUGUUAGUCCUGCAGAGGAACUCAGCUUUGGUUCUAAAGAGACAGAGAAGAAAUGCCUUAUUAUCCUGAACAAUGUGACCAAAAACCAAGUGGCCUUCAAGGUACGAACUACCGCACCUGAGAAGUACAGAGUGAAGCCAAGCAGCAGCUGCUGUGAACCAGGUGCUUCGGUCGAUAUCGUGGUGUCUUUACACGGAGGUUAUCAAGCAUCUCCACAGGACCGCUUUCUGGUCAUGGCUGCAGAGAUGGAAAAUGCUGGAGCGCAAGAGCUUGCACAGUUCUGGAAAGAAGUGUCCAGAGCCAAGGUCAUGGAACACAGAUUACGCUGUCACGUCUUGGAGAGCAUUAAAGCAACACCAAGUCCUCCCGGGGACAGCCCCAUGGAGGCAGGGACCAAUGGGAAUCAAGAUCUUAACACAGCGCAGCUCAUGCGAGUGACGGCCUGCAAUGCAAGGUUGGAGCAGAAGCUGGACAAGUGUCUGUGGGUCCAGAAGGUUCUCAUUGGGCUGGUCCUGAUCCUGAUGGUGCUCAACCUCCUGUGUCUGUACCUCCUGGGAACUGCCCAGCGGCCGUCUUGACCUGUCCCACAGGCGUCUGCAUUUGUCAACUAUAGACACACAUAGAUGUCCUGCGGGUCCACGUUUAUAGGGUCAACCAUAUGAGGGAAGGUGGGUCGUCCUGAGCUCACCAGAGAAACCUCACCCCCGUCUCCGUCCCUCUCCAACAGCUGUUGUCAUGGAGAGGAGGAGUGUUCUCUGGCAGCAGCAAAAUUAGGGAUACGUGAAUUUGUGGCAUUUUCACUUCGUUAUGGAGAGAUUUGUACUCGUCUGUUUUAAGGCACUCGAGCUACAGUAGCUGAGACUCUUUAAAACCAUGUGCAAUGAAAUCAUAAAUGUAUUUUUUAUGACUGAUCAUGGGAUAAUAAACAGAGUCUAUUUAUUGCAGAAAUGACAAUACGUAGAAAAAAUUAGUUUUAGUCAUUUUUUUCUGAUCAUACUGUACAUUUAUUCAUAUCUAUAUGCGAAUAAACGGGCACUUAUUUGUUUUUCA